GGCGUGGCUGGGCAACGCGCCAUUCUGAAACCACUCUCUCCUCCGGUCCUGGGUGCGGCAGACAAAAGCAUAGGAGGGCGGGGGACUGGCAGUCAGCUGUCCCGCGGUUGGCACCCCUCCGAGCUGCUCGCUGAGGCCGUGGGCAGAGAGGCUGAAUGCGCUGGGACGGGACCAGUCAUCAAGGAUUUUGUAUCCGAGGCCCCAAAGUUUCUUACCCAAGAUGAUGAAUGCUGAAAUGGAUGCAGUUGAUGCUGAAAAUCAGGUGGAACUGGAGGAAAAAACACGACUUAUUAAUCAAGUGUUGGAACUCCAACACACACUUGAAGAUCUCUCUGCAAGAGUAGAUGCAGUUAAGGAAGAAAAUCUGAAGCUAAAAUCAGAAAACCAAGUUCUUGGACAAUAUAUAGAAAACCUCAUGUCAGCUUCUAGUGUUUUCCAAACAACUGACACAAAAAGCAAAAGAAAGUAAGGGACCAAUAUCCCUUCUAUCUUAUGGAAUUGCUGCUCUUUUUUUUUUUUUUCCUUUAAAACUUGGAUAGAUUCCAGAAGUUUAGUACUUUUGUUUGUGGCUUCAUUGAAUAUUUAUGAAGAUAAUGUCAGAUCUAGGCAAAAUUAAGAACAUAACAGAGGACUUCCCUGAGUUUGUGUAUUAUGUUAGUCUAUGAAAACGUGAAAAUGUAGAGACUUUAUAAUUAGAAAUGCAUAUAUUUAUGAAACUUGAUAAUGAAUGUUUUAUUGAAUUUGCUUUGAUUUAUAGGUUUAGCACCAUCUUUUAUUAUAGGCAUAGUAGGAGAUACAAGAAAAUAACCACCAUAUUGUGAAAAAGUGACCAAAAUCAUGUACUGAAUGCACAGCUUUUUGUACCCUGUCUACCAUCUUGUGCCUCUUCUCCAUUUGCAUCUUCCUUCCCAUUUGCCUUCCCCUGGAGGAAACCAAUUGGUUUCAUUGGUUACAUUUGUAAGAGUAAUUUUAGUAGUUAAUCAUUUAUGAGAGUAACUUGAACUCUGCUGUUGAAACUGAACCAAAAGUUAGGGCUUGUUGCUUGUUACACAGCCAAGCGCCCGUGUAAUGGCUUUCGGUCAGUGGCAGACCGAGGAGACAACGGCUGGUGUGCUGCCCGGUGUGCCGCCGCCGUAGCCCAGGUGUGCACGUGGGCUGUGCCUUCCAGCUUUGUGGAAGUGCGUGCUGUGGCGUUUGCACAACACAAUUUCCUAGCGAUGCUUUUCUCAGAAUGUAUCCCAUCACUUAGCAGUGCAUGACUGUAUUUAGUACUGGGAUUUAGACAGGAUUGUUGGUUUCUCUUUUAUCAAUUGAAAACAGAGACUGUAAAAAUGAAGAUUUCUUUUUCCUUGAAGCUGAAUUGUCGAGUUGGGAAAAUUGUUGAAAACUUCCCUUUUACACAAAACAACGUGGUAUCUGAAAAGAUGACCUCUGGUUGUGCGUAUGUUUGAAAUAGAUUAUUUUUAGGAAGAAUAGAAAUCAGAUGGAAAAAGUACUUGGUAAACAGUAGUAACCAACUCCAGAUGUUUUUACUCCAGAUUUGUGUUAUGUCUGGCACAGAUCAGAUCUUUAGGGGAAUAUACAUGAAAAUGGAUUAAGUUUGAUUAACCCUAUGUAAACCACAUCUAGAGCAUUUGGUCUCAAAGUAUAUUUAUAAUAUCCAGCAGAUCAAUUUUUGCAAAAUCCUUUGAGUGUAUCAGUAUCAGAGUCAUGAAUAAAAAUGGGAGAGUUUUACGUGUAUACUAACUGAUAAUGUUCUCAGUAUUUUAUCUCACUACUUCUCCCAGAGUUUUCUGCAAGCUCAACUCCUUGGUUUGAAGAGUUAUAGUAAUUCUUUAAUAACAAUUUUUAAAAAAUUAGUUUGUAGAUUCCAUUUGUUAAUGAAAUUAAUAUCAGAAGUAAUGUUAAAAUGUUAAAUAUUCAAUAGAAAAGAGAUUCAUUAACAUAGCUUAUAGUUAUUAGGUUUGGGUUACUUUUAAUCAUGUAAUAAUAUUUGUAUUGAUGUACAAUUUAAUGAAUGACUUUAGCUGUAUGAAUAUAUAAUCAUACUGCAAAAUAUUUUGCAUCCCUUUUGUGACCUAAUUUGACAGAUGUUAAAAAUUGUGUUGCAGUUUUGCUUUGCUGUUUAAUAAAAAGCUGUUUCAGA